AUGAAGAAAACAAUUCCCGUGCUGGCGCUAAUCAGCGUGUGCAUCGCCAGUCUCUGGGCUCCGGUCUUGUCAGAGCUGACAGAUGGGGCAGUCAGCGGAAAGGGCAGGUUUCUCCUGUCAGCCGAGGUGGAUAACAUGAUAUUCAGCGCGGGCCUGAGCGACCUGCAGGAGUCUGUCUUCCCAGCAGCGACCCUCCCCAGCCUCGCAUCACCCCUUGCCGCCACCGCGACUUACUCACCCAGCCAGCCAGCACCGGCCGAUGACAUCCUCUCUCCCUCGGCUUUUGCUUCGCAACCCCUGCAAACCACCCCACAGCAGCAGCAGCAGCAGGGGCAGCAGAGGCAGCAGCAGCAGACGGCAGAUCAGCCGGCCGCGCAAGCUACCGCCAUUUUGGCGGCGCAGCAGGAGGACGGCACGCAACAGCCACUAAAGGAGGCGGCCGCAGCACGCAAGAGCGCUGCGAGGAAGGUGAGGGCAAACUCGGCGGCGCAGCUGGCGCAGCAGUCGGAGGUGAAGGAAGCUGCGCUGUCAAAGGACACGAUCAAGGCCGAGGCGCUGGCAGCUGUGCGCGCAGCUUCCCCGAAGCCCCCGAUCCUGCUGAUCCAUGGGGGCGCGCAGGGGGGGUGGGCCUGGAGCUACCCCGGGGUGGAUGCCUCGCGCGGCGUCGUCGGCGUGCUGCAGGAUGCAGGGUAUGUGGUGUAUGCGCCGACGCUGCCGUACCACGAGCCGGGAACGCAGUGGUCGCCAGACCAGGGAACACUCAAGGCGCAGGACUAUGUAGACUACAUCAUCCAGUACAUGGAAGCGGAGUCCAUAACGGAUGCGGUGGUGGUGGCGCACUCGGUGUCGGGAGUCUGGCUGCAGCUGCUGCUGGGGCAGGUGCCCGAGCGCAUCAGCCGCGCAUGCUUCCUCAACGCCGUCGUGCUCAAGUCCGGCGAGUCAUUCAUCAGCAACGCUGUCGGCCCCGCGCAGCUGUUUUUCUCACUGAUGUUUACAUACCCGAGCUUCCCCCAGCCGCUGUCGUGGCCCUUUGGAGCGGUGGACCUGCAGGCCUGGAAGGAAGUCAUGAUCACCCUGGAGAAGGACAAUGACUCGUUCGCGGUUGACACCUACAAAAUGCUUGUGCCCGAGCCUGCAGGCCCCCAGCUGGAGCAACCAGACUUUGGCGCCUUCUACAGGACGCCAAAGCCCAAGUUCUUCAUCUUUGAGCAGGACGAUGUGUCGCUCCUGCUGGGCACCAAUCGCUGGCUCGACUUUGCUGCACGCUUGCAAGACGGCGCCGGCCCGGCCGCAGUCAUCCGCGUGACCGGAGAUCACCAGGGGAUGCUCACCCGGCCUGCCUCCAUCGCGCAAGGCAUCCUGCAAGCCGCCACUGCGCCCUUAUUGUAG